AUGGAGACGUACGAGGAGACAAAAUAUAUGGAGACGUACGAAGAGACAAAAUGUAUGGAGACGUACGAGGAGACAAAAUAUAUGGAGACGUACGAGGAGACAAAAUGUAUGGAGACGUACGAGGAGACACAAUGUAUGGAGACGUAUGAGGAGAAAAAAUGUAUGAAGACGCUGGCGGAAAGGAUAUUCUGUACAUCUCACACAUCCCUUGAGAAAAAUUUUAAAUGUUAUGAUAAUCACCAAAAUGAAAAUGUGGGGUUCUUUAACUUUUUACCACAACAAAAGACCAAGACCGACCAAGUAUCUCUUCACAGCACAGAGAAUGGUAACAACUACUACCUUUUUGCUGACAGCAGCACACAUAACCGAAUACCCUGCAAUCAUGUAGACUCUGGGUAUUUUGAACAAGAUAGUUUCAGCGACCCCUUAUCUCCACCUUUGGCUCCCAAUGAUAAGUUUUCCCAAUUUGACUCUAUUGUGUCUGAGAUUGUUGAUGAGGACAGGAACUGCUCCCUCUUCUCCUUUGAUGGGAGCCAAGAUGAGAGCUCCCUGAGAGGACAGCAAACCAACAAUUAUGCAUUUAAUUACAGAUCCCCUGGACUCCAUAGUACAAAAAUCUCCUCAGCUGGACAAUCAACUUCGGAGCACAGCCAGUGCAGUUUUCACCAAAGUGGUCAGUCUCAUCUGAUGAGUGACUGCUGGCCUGAUGGUGGAGGGUCUCUCAGAGCAGAAAGUAAUCCACACAAUCUAGACACCCAGUCCUCCUCACUUCAGUCAAAUCUUAGCUCUCUUGCCAAUCCAGUGCCUAACGCUAAUUAUCAUGGGAUGGGAGGAAAUACAUCACGAUAUUCCGAGCCUUUAAGAUUUUCUGGUCGACCAACAAAUAUGCAGGAGAGACAUGCAUGGUCAUCUAGCAGAGCCCCACCAUUUCCAAAAGAACAGAAUACUGCUGACCAAGGAAUAAAUCUGAAUAUGUGUACGCCUGCAGAUUUUUCGAAAGAGGCAAAUUCUAAUGUAUCACCAUUUGUAGGAAAUGAUCAAUAUUUGUCAGAUUUCAAUGGAAACAAUUCUUUUAAUAGGUCAUCCAAAGUUGGUUCUUAUUCAUCCAGAAGUACUUCAUCUGUAAACAGUGGUGGAAAUAUGAAACAUACUGCUGAAAAUGUCAACUUAAUCAAGCAAAACAGUCAAGUGAGCUUUGAUGUAGAUCUUCAUGGAAUCUCAGGGAGUUACUGGUACCACAAUCAGACUGGAGGAAGUUUUCCUUCAGAGAACCACAUACCAACAAACAAUCACAGUGAUAAAAGCUUAAGUGAAGCUAAACACCAUAACAUCAAUGCUAUCAAUUAUCUAAUGCAAAACGCCUUGAAUAAGAAUAAUCAGGGUGAACAGGGAACAUUGAACUCUCCUGCCCAACUAGCGGGGCUCUUUCCCAACAACAUUUUUGUAGGAAGUGAUGGAUCCUUUAGAAACCAGUCUGUGGAGAACGUUCGGAUUACAGACAGCAAUCAAUUGAGUCCAAAAUGUCCUGAAAACAUUGUACUGGAAACAUAUCAGAAAAAGGUGAUGCAGCUGAUAUACUGUACAGUGAAUGUGCCAACAAAGAUGAGUCUGAACCAGUCAGCAGUUUUCAACACUGAGAACACUCCCUCUGUAGAUAAUGGCCAUUCUGUGGAUGUACAUAACCAACAAUCCUCAAAGAGUACCCUAACAGGAAACAACCAAGCAUUUCUUGGUAAUGCUCAAGUCUCCCCAGAGGAACUACUGCAAUGUCUAAGUAAGUUACAAACAUCUGUUGCCAACUCUGUUAUCCAGCAGCACCACAAUCCAAAACAAUCUCUAUCACGCAAGGGCAGCACAGCAAUGGCCCAGGACAAGGGGCAGAGAACUAGGGAGGAUACUCGUAUCAGGCCUGUUGGAAUAUAUGCCAACCCCACAACGGGUACAAUGAAAGGAAUUUCCCCCGUUUUAACCCCAAAUGAUAGACUUACAAAUCAACUCUUACCCAAGGGCCCACCAGAACUUUAUCAUCCUUCCUUGAAUCAUCCCAGUCACCACCAUCAGAACUAUGUCCCUGCUCCAGGUCUAGUGUCUGGUCACUUUCUCACUGGACACCCAACAUAUCCUGCAGAACUGGUGGAAUAUUAUCCUGUUGAUCCCUAUACUUCUUUCACACCUGCAUUCUUACCAGCUGAAACCAUCUAUGAUGUUCCUGCUUAUUAUGGAUUACCUCCCUUUAUACAUGGAUUCAAACAACCAAGGAGGAGUGGACCAUCAAUUGAACUUCACUUAAAACUUGAAGAAUGCUAUGAACAAUUUAGAAAUACAGAAAGGGAAAGAAAAAAGACAGAAGCAGAGUUAGCCAGACAACACCCAGGCAAGAGGAUCUCCAGUGCCAACAAUAUUGUAGUGCCACGCCUGCCUUCGAACCCAUCACGUGUGGAUAGACUAGUGGUGGACUCCUUCAAGGAGCAUGCCAGGAUUUUGACACUCAUAGACAAAAUGGAAAGAUUGAUGGGUGCUGGUCUCCAUCCAAACAUCCACUCAGCCUUGGAACGUUGGCUGGAGGGAAUCAGAAAGGUUCAAGCACGUCGCAAAGAGGAGAUAGUUAAUGCAACCAACAGGAACCGAAAUGGAGGGCCUCGACACCAGGAUGAUAAAGAUGUAUUGGCACUUGCUGCCAGCAUAAGUGAACUGACAGCUCUGGCAAGGAGAGCUCGUACUGCCACCUGGUGUGCCUUGCAGAUUUCAGACAAAGACAAUCCUACCUUGUGUAAACUUGGCAUUGACAUGAGGAUGCCAUCUCUACCUCUUCACUUUCAACAGACCUUCACAGCCAAAUUACCCAUGACAGAACUCACCACCGCCACCGAAGCAAAAGACUGA